GAGAGCGCGAGAGAGAGGGGUGGUCACGUGACGGUUCCAACAUGGCGGCGCCGUGUCGCUGUCCACCUCCGCCUCUGAGGGAGUCGUGUCUCUUCCGCAUCAUGGAGCCCAGCCGCGGCCGGAGCCCUUGAAGUCGCCGCUUUCCCCGGGAUACUCGCGCCUUCAGCGGAAAGGGGGGUGGCCUUCUUCCCUCACGACAGCGGCCACCAUGCAGCCCCCGGCCCGCGAGGAGGACACCCGCACCAAGAGCGUGUUCGUCUCCCGGGCCCUCGAGAAGAUCCUCUCCGAGAAGGAGGCGAAGCGGCCCCCGCACGGACCGCUGAGGAGGGCCUGCCAAGUGGCGCUGGAUGAAAUCAAAGCAGAACUAGAAAAGCAAAGCCAAGGCAAUGAAACCACACCAAAACCAAACUUCAUUGAAGCUGAUAAAUAUUUCCUUCCAUUUGAAUUGGCAUGCCAGUCAAAGUCCCCACGAAUUGUCAGUACCUCGUUGGACUGCUUACAGAAACUCAUUGCAUAUGGACAUAUCACUGGCAAUGCUCCAGACAGUGGGGCUCCUGGAAAGCGCCUGAUUGACCGCAUAGUAGAAACAAUCUGUAAUUGUUUUCAGGGACCUCAGACUGAUGAAGGAGUUCAAUUACAAAUUAUAAAGGCUCUUCUCACGGCUGUCACUUCCCCGUAUAUAGAAAUUCAUGAGGGAACAAUCCUUCAGACUGUUAGAACUUGCUACAACAUCUAUUUGGCCAGUAAAAAUCUCAUUAAUCAGACAACUGCCAAGGCUACCCUCACUCAAAUGCUGAAUGUCAUUUUCACUCGGAUGGAAAACCAAGCUAUUCAAGAGGCAAGGGAAUUAGAGAAAUCAAACCAACAAAGAUGUCAGUCUCCUAUGAUUCAUACUGUGUCAGGAUCCCCCAAGAUUGGCCGAUUGAGGUAUACUCCACAAGACAGUAAACCAUCAACUCCAGUAAAAACAGAUUUAACAAAUGGUGAGCCUGAAAGAAAAGAAGAUGAAGAUCAGAAACCAGAGGACCAUUUGACUCCUUCAGUAUUUGAAGAAGAAACUGAUGGAGGCAAAGCAAUUGUUAAAAGAAUCUUGGAGGAUGUGGUCACUUCAGCUGUUAGAGUCUCUUUAGAAGAAGAAAUAAAAAGGCAAGCUUUACCUGAAUCGAGCAGGAUCUUGUCUGAACUGGGAGCUGUAGUUCCUGCCUCACCUGGUGGUUUUAGUGAAAGUAGUCAAACAAAUGGAAUUCCAGAUGACAGACAAUCUGUUUCAUCCACAGAUAAUCUGGAAACAGAUGUACCUGGACCUCAGGCAGCUGCUAAGUUCUCCCAUAUUCUUCAGAAGGAUGCCUUCCUUGUGUUCCGUUCAUUGUGCAAGCUUUCAAUGAAACCGCUUGGUGAUGGGCCUCCAGAUCCCAAGUCCCAUGAGCUACGUUCUAAGAUAGUGUCCCUGCAGCUGCUGCUUUCAGUUUUGCAGAAUGCUGGUCCGGUCUUCAGGACACAUGAAAUGUUCAUAAAUGCAAUCAAGCAAUAUCUCUGUGUAGCAUUAUCUAAAAACGGAGUAUCUUCUGUUCCUGAUGUUUUUGAGCUUUCUCUUGCCAUCUUCCUCACCCUUCUCUCAAACUUUAAAACUCAUUUAAAAAUGCAGAUUGAGGUGUUUUUCAAAGAGAUCUUCCUAAACAUUUUAGAAACCUCAUCCAGUUCCUUUGAGCACAAAUGGAUGGUAAUUCAAACCCUGACUAGAAUUUCUGCAGAUGCCCAGUGUGUGGUGGAUAUAUACGUUAACUACGACUGUGACUUGAAUGCUGCUAAUAUUUUUGAACGGCUAGUAAAUGAUUUGUCUAAAAUUGCUCAGGGACGGAGUGGACAUGAAUUAGGCAUGACACCCCUGCAGGAACUUAGCCUAAGGAAGAAAGGUCUUGAAUGUUUGGUUUCUAUCUUAAAGUGCAUGGUAGAAUGGAGCAAAGACUUGUAUGUGAAUCCCAACCAUCAAGCCAGCCUCGGUCCAGAUAGGCCUUCAGAUCAAGAAAUGAGUGAAGGCAAAUGUUUGGAGAUGGGGGGAAGAAGAAGCAGUGCAAGCUCCUUGGAUUCCACGGUCUCCUCAGGAAUUGGGAGCGUUGGCACCCAGACUGCUGUCCCUGAUGACCCAGAGCAAUUUGAGGUCAUAAAGCAACAAAAAGAGAUUAUUGAACAUGGGAUUGAACUGUUUAACAAAAAGACCAAGAGAGGUCUGCAAUAUUUGCAGGAGCAGGGAAUGCUUGGCAUAGCAGCAGAAGACAUAGCCCAAUUUCUGCACCAAGAAGAACGCCUAUGUUCUAACCAAGUGGGAGAAUUCCUGGGGGAUAGUAACAAGUUUAACAAGGAAGUCAUGUAUGCCUACGUAGACCUUCUUGAUUUCUGUGGAAAGGACUUUGUCUCUGCUUUACGUAUAUUUCUGGAGGGAUUUCGGUUACCUGGUGAAGCCCAGAAGAUCGACAGAUUAAUGGAAAAGUUUGCUGCUAGAUAUAUUGAGUGCAACCAAGGACAAACUCUAUUCGCUAGUGCUGACACUGCAUAUGUUUUAGCAUAUUCUAUUAUAAUGUUAACAACAGACCUGCACAGUCCCCAGGUAAAAAAUAAGAUGACAAAAGAGCAAUACAUAAAGAUGAAUCGUGGGAUCAAUGACAGUAAAGAUCUCCCGGAGGAAUAUUUAUCUAGUAUAUAUGAUGAAAUAGAAGGAAAGAAAAUUGCAAUGAAGGACACAAAAGGAUAUACAAUUGCAACCAAAUCUACUAAGCCAAAUGUAGCCAGUGAGAAGCAACGGCGGUUGUUGUACAACAUGGAAAUGGAACAAAUGGCAAAGACCGCUAAAGCUCUAAUGGAGGCAGUCAGUCAUGCAAAAGCACCUUUCACUAGUGCAACUCACCUGGAUCACGUCAGACCCAUGUUCAAACUUGUGUGGACUCCCUUACUGGCUGCCUACAGUGUUGGCCUUCAAAACUGUGAUGAUACUGAAGUAGCAUCAUUGUGUCUAGAAGGAAUACGAUGUGCUAUCCGAAUAGCCUGUAUUUUUGGCAUGCAGCUUGAACGGGAUGCUUACGUACAGGCACUUGCUCGCUUUUCCUUGUUGACAGCAAGUUCCAGCAUUACAGAAAUGAAACAGAAGAAUAUAGAUACAAUUAAAACUCUUAUUACAGUGGCACACACUGAUGGAAACUACUUGGGAAAUUCUUGGCAUGAGAUUUUGAAAUGCAUUAGCCAACUGGAGCUAGCACAACUAAUAGGAACUGGAGUUAAAACACGUUACCUUUCUGGCUCUGGACGUGAAAGAGAAGGGAGCCUCAAAGGGUUCACAUCUGGAGGAGAAGAAUUCAUGGGUCUUGGACUAGGUAACCUUGUUGGUGGAGGUGUUGAUAGAAGGCAAAUAGCCAGCAUUCAGGAAUCUGUAGGAGAAACCAGUUCACAAAGUGUGGUGGUAGCAGUGGACAGGAUAUUUACAGGCUCAACUAGACUGGAUGGAAAUGCAAUAGUUGACUUUGUCCGAUGGUUGUGUGCUGUUUCCAUGGAUGAACUGGCUUCCCCUCACCAUCCACGCAUGUUCAGUCUGCAGAAGAUUGUUGAAAUUUCCUAUUACAACAUGAACAGAAUUAGGCUCCAGUGGUCCAGGAUAUGGCAUGUAAUUGGAGAUCAUUUCAAUAAGGUCGGUUGCAAUCCUAAUGAAGAUGUUGCCAUCUUCGCUGUUGAUUCUUUGAGACAGCUUUCAAUGAAGUUUCUUGAAAAGGGAGAACUGGCUAAUUUCCGAUUUCAAAAGGAUUUCUUGAGGCCUUUUGAGCAUAUCAUGAAGAAGAACAGAUCUCCAACAAUACGAGACAUGGUAAUACGCUGCAUUGCUCAGAUGGUGAACUCUCAAGCUGCUAAUAUUCGCUCAGGGUGGAAGAAUAUCUUCGCAGUAUUUCAUCAAGCAGCAUCUGAUCAUGAUGGAAAUAUUGUGGAGCUGGCAUUCCAAACGACAGGCCAUAUAGUUACCAAUAUUUUUCAACAGCAUUUCCCUGCAGCAAUAGAUUCUUUCCAGGAUGCUGUAAAAUGUUUAUCAGAAUUUGCCUGUAAUGCUGCCUUUCCAGAUACCUGCAUGGAAGCUAUUAGAUUGAUCCGUUAUUGUGCAAAAUACGUUUCAGAAAGGCCUCAGGUUUUGAGAGAAUAUACAAGUGAUGACAUGAAUGUGGCUACUGGCGAUAGGGUUUGGGUCAGAGGAUGGUUCCCUAUUUUGUUUGAGCUUUCUUGUAUCAUCAAUCGAUGCAAACUGGAUGUGCGGACAAGAGGUCUGACGGUUAUGUUUGAAAUCAUGAAGAGCUAUGGCCACACUUUUGAAAAACACUGGUGGCAGGACCUGUUUCGAAUUGUGUUUAGGAUAUUUGACAACAUGAAGCUCCCAGAACAGCAAACAGAGAAAUCAGAAUGGAUGACUACUACCUGUAAUCAUGCACUUUAUGCCAUUUGUGAUGUAUUCACACAGUUCUAUGAAGCUUUGAAUGAGAUUCUUCUUGCUGAUAUAUUUGCACAGUUACACUGGUGUGUAAAACAAGAUAAUGAACAACUAGCCCGAUCAGGGACAAACUGCCUAGAAAGCCUGGUCAUAUUUAAUGGUCAAAAAUUCAGUUCUGCAGUCUGGGACCAAACGUGCAGCUGUAUGCUUGAGAUCUUCAAAACUACAAUUCCUCAUGUCUUACUGACAUGGAGACCAGCAGGAAUGGAAGAUGAUUCAUCAGAAAAGCACUUGGAUCUGGAUCUGGAUCGUCAGUCUUUAAGCAGUAUUGAUAAAAAUGCUUCCGAAAGAGGACAGAGCCAGUUUUCAAAUCCUACAGAUGACAGCUGGAAAAGUGGCCCUUAUUCAAACCAGAAACUCUUUGCCAGUCUCCUCAUCAAAUGUGUUGUGCAGCUGGAGUUAAUACAGACCAUCGAUAACAUAGUAUUCUAUCCAGCAACAAGUAAGAAGGAAGAUGCUGAGCAUAUGGCUGCUGCUCAGAGGGACACACUAGAUACAGACAUUCACAUUGACACUGAAGACCAAGGAAUGUACAAGUACAUGUCUUCCCAACAUCUGUUCAAGCUGCUGGACUGCCUGCAAGAAUCACAUUCAUUCUCAAAAGCUUUCAACUCAAAUUAUGAACAACGGACUGUCCUCUGGAGAGCAGGUUUCAAGGGUAAAUCAAAACCUAACCUUUUGAAACAAGAGACCAGCAGUUUGGCUUGCUGUCUGAGAAUACUUUUCAGAAUGUAUGUUGAUGAAAACCGCAGAGACUCCUGGGAAGCUAUACAAGAGAGACUGCUGAAUGUAUGCAGUGAAGCACUGGCCUACUUUAUCACUGUGAACUCAGAAAGUCACCGAGAGGCCUGGACUAAUCUCUUGCUGCUACUUCUAACAAAAACCCUAAAAGUUAGUGAUGAAAAGUUUAAAGCACACGCUUCAACGUAUUACCCCUACCUAUGUGAAAUAAUGCAGUUUGACUUAAUCCCAGAGCUUCGAGCCGUGCUGCGAAAGUUUUUCCUGCGCAUAGGUGUCGUGUUCAAAAUCUGGAUUCCCGAAGGACAGCUACAGACAAUGGGGAGCCAUUCACAUGCAUGGUAGCUCCAUGGCUGCUCUUUCCCAAAGCUUGUGUCGUGCUCAGUUCAAAGAAUGUAUGCAGAAAGAAAACAACAAAUAACUGGCCUGUUUCAAGACGAAGAAACCGCAACCCAUGGUAUCAGCGAGGUUAUAUCGAUCAAGCUGGCAUUUCUGAAGGAAAAUUCACCUUUCUUUUUAAAAUUCUGGCUGCCCUGUAGGAAUAGCUGUUAGCAUUUGGCAACUUAACGCAGUAAAUGUCAAGUAAUUCUUAUUACUACGCUUGUCUCUUCAAAUCUGUUCUUUGCAAUGGUUCCCUCUUAUACCUUCCAGCCCAUGAUAUGCUGAAAACAAUAAAUGAAUAGAAAGUGUUUCUAUGAGAUAAUACUGAAUAUAUUACUAUAGGCUUGUGAUGUUAGCAAAUGUAUUCAUAAGUAACUGAGAGGAUAAAAGUUUAUUUCAAAACUAUUCUGGAACAUUUUCCACCUCAACAGGGUACAUUCAGUUGAAGACUGGACCUUUAAAUGUUCUGGUGCUCUCAUUUCUGCAAACACAUGGUAAAAUAGUGAAUGGAUCAUAAUAUGACCAGUCACCAAGAAAAGAAUAAUAAUCCAAAAGAGUCUUAGCUCUAUUACUACUAUUCCUGACUUGCUGUAUGUUGCAAAAUGUGUGUGGUGUAUCAUUUAUUUCUAGAGCUGCACCACAUUUUCUUGGUCUGGACCGGAUUGAUUUUCAGCAUAUGAAAGUAUCCUUGAUAACAGGAUUAGUAUGAACAAAAUAUAUUACUACACAGGGAAUGCCUUUUCCUUCAAACUAGCAAAACGAAAACAAAACCCAUGGCCUGCUUAUCCAGUUACUAGUUUGCUUAUGACUUCAGUUUGAGAACCUUGACAGCUUUGAAAAAUCCUCUGAUGCUUAAUAUUUAAUUACAAGGAGCACAUGGCAAAGGGGAAUUUUAAAUUUAAUCUUUGAAGUGCACACUAAUUUACAAUUUAUACUACUUAUAAAAUCUUUCCCUUUUCAAUAAUAUAUAAGAGCAUUUGGGUAAAAGCAGGCUAUCUUUAAUGCAUAUGAAGAUAUUUCUAUUUUUCUGCAGAACUAUGAGUUAUUGGUCAUUUUAAUGGCUUGCUUUAGUAUUUUAUUAGCAUUAAUCGUAUGAGGGAGAAGAAUCUGGUUCCUAUCGGGACCACUUGAUUUAUUAAUAUAUACACGUGACAAAAUCCUGUUUAUUAAGGGGAAAUGGGAAGUAAACUUGCAGUUGUAUCAGUGUAGUCCUUUUGGCUUCAAUGAUUGGUUCUGAAGGAAUUAUAUACGUAUAUAUAUUUUUGGUGAGACCACGUCUUAGUAUUCUUUGCCCAGUUUUAAAAAAAUAGUUUUGUAAAAUACAGCAGGCAAAACCUGUGUGGUUGUAUUUCAGUUUGAUAAUAAUGAGAGUAAAAUUUGGAUAAGAGGGCAGGAAGGAAAUGGUUUCCAUCCAAAUGUAUUAAAAAUACAAGUACAAAAGUAUUAUCAGGCAUAUGUUUUCUUUAGCCAUAUCUGUAAACAUGAGUUGUAUAAGUAUUAACCAAGUGGGCAGAAAAAUAGUGAUUGAUUGGCUGCAAGUGUUUUUGAAACAAGUUAAACUGAAGGUGGUAGGUUCUGAAAAUAAUUAGGUUCAGUGUGCUUGGAACGUCUUACUUAGUAACUUGAGCUUGGCUAUUAGCACAACCAAAGGAACAAUGUUUUGGAGAGAAACAGAAUUGUUCGCUGGAUUUAUUUUAUUAAGUGCUGGUGCUAGGUUUUUCUCUCAUUCGGGUUAGCUUUUGUUUAUAGCAAUGCAGUGUGGAUUUUACACUUGUUUUUGAUCAUUAAUAUAUUCACUAAAAAACAGUUUGAAAAUUAAUUUCUCUACCAAAGAAUUUUAUGUAGCAAGCACAGAAUUUUGUUUCAUGUGACAAGAAUAAAUAACUUAUUAGAAAGGAUUGUGGUUAAUAUUUUGCCAUGGACAAAAGAUUACGUUAAAAAAUAUUUUAAUUUUCAUCAGCAUUUAAAGCAAUUCAGACUUACAUUUGCAGCGUAAUGGGGGCACUUCACAAAGUACUGCAAGAAGUGAUUUAUUUUUAUAAAUAUAUUUUUACAUUUGUAUACGGACCUGUAUUUUUAAUUAGAUUCUUGCUUUCCCGCCCACUGCUGUGGUUCUGCUAUUGAUAUGUUGCUCAAAUACAGCUGGGUACUCAUCCUUUGUCAAGAAAAUAUUCAUAUUAUAGUAUUUCAAUUCAUUAGGGGAACAUAACAACGUCACAACUGAUGCUUCACAGUCUGAAUACGAAGUGCAAUACAUAUGGGACUGAAAUAGUAUCUUCAAACCCUAGCAAUGUAAAAUACUGUGAAGAAGCUGUACAUGUGAGGUUUUUGCAUAUGUAUAAAAAAAACCUGGAGCCUUUUAAAGCCUUAGUGUUAUAUGAAUAUUUCCUUAGGAAAGCUACGUUUUAACAGUAAAUGGUUACAUUUCUAAAUGAAUACACUUUAAUUUAAAAACAUAUGGGGGAGGGGACCUAGAUUACUGUGUGAUUAUCAUGGUGUGAAGUGUGUGAGUAGAUGUGAAGAACUUCCAUAAUAGCCUUAUUCCAGCUGUUCCUGAAAUGUGUGUGAUAAUUUGUGGGGAGUGGUAACAUUGAUAUAUAUAUAUAUAAUGUCUAAACAUAUUCUUACAGUGGCGACGGGCUUCUUCAAUGUAGCUUUCUUUUGGCAAUAUCCCACUCCAAGAAUAAACAGGAUUUCUCUCCAGAAGCUUUCACAGCAAAUUCUUUUGAGUUGUGAUCAUACAGUAGAUUCUGCAGAUUAAACAUAGUAUUUCCUGUGGCACUUUUGUAUCCAUAGGAAAAUUUUACGGAGCUGGUAUUUCCCAGCUACAGAACUCGGUAUCAUGCAAUGAAAUUAAAUGCAUGUUAAAGCAGCCCAAUUAUACUUAAUGCUGUGGGUUCAUGUAGCAGACUAUAGGCUCCCUUGUCCCGCCUCUGGUAUUUUUUCCCUCUUUCAUUAACCUUGGUUUAAUAUUUACAUCUUUUUUUUUCAUGUCAGGAGUGACUUGAGAAACUGCAAGUCACUUCUGAUGUGAGAGAAUUGGCCAUCUGCAAGUACGUUGCCCAGGAGACGCUCAGGUGUUUUACUAUCCUGUGGGAGGCUUCCCUCAUGUCCCCGCAUGAGAAGCUGGAGUUGACAGACAGGAGCUCACCCCACUCCCCAGAUUUGAACCACCAACCAUUCAGUUAGAUUUUUACAUCUGAACUGUCAGCAAUCAUGGUUAACUAUAACCAGGUUCCCUUUUAACUACAGUAAAUUGCUUCAAUUGCUUCUGCUUGCUCACUAAGAUGGGAACUCUGAUGGACAUUAGCCUUGCUUAUUACGUGAUAACUUUAAUUUAAAUGUAAAUUAGUAUUAACUGGAAAUGGGAAAGAAGGGAUAAGAUCCAAAAAGGAAAGCAAGAGCUUACAGGCUCCAUAACUUGCCCAUGUUUUUCUAACUUGACCACCCAGCACUGCAUCUACACUUUCUUAAGAUCUGAUUAGAAUACAAUCCAAAAUGAUGCACAGAUCUACAUAUGAACCUCUUCUUCUAUCCAUACUUGGAAGGAGCACAGUACAGUAACAGGUGAGAAAGCUUCACGUAGUGACAGAGGUCCUGAUAGUAACCUAGUUUUUGCUUUUCCCAAAGUUGUCUUGCAGUGCAAGUGGCAUUUUUUCUUUGGAACUCUUUUGAGGAAGUCACGUUUUUAUUUACAUAAAACCUCAGAAAAGCUUUUCUGGUUGCAUUUCUGUUGUGUGAAUUCAAAUGGAGGCUGUAGACUACAUAUGUCUUAAGCCUUUAUAUUUGCACACACACUGCUUAUUUUAUUAAUAAAGUUGAUGGAAUCAGGUUAGCUUGAAUUUUGUGCAUUGUAUUUCAUAAGGGCAGUUCACUGACCACUGGCAUACUUCCACUGAAAUUAAUCUGACUCAUAAAAGGCCAGUGAAUUAUAUCCCCAGAUAGGUUAAAUAGCAGAUUAUUUGAGCCUUGGCUUGAAGCAGGUAAACAGAAAAUAUUGACUUGUGGGAGGUGCAAUUAUUUAAAUGUAUUGACAUUUUGUCCGAAAUAUCUCUUGCAAUUUUAAAUAAAAUAUAGUUUGUGCAAAAUGUGUUUUAUCUAUAAAAUGCCUAAAAUUAGUUACAGCUAUGUUUUUUUUCUUCUUAUGAGAUCUUCUAUUAUGAAGUGCAUUUAAUAUCAUUAAGUUAAUGAAAAGCAUUCCUUGCCCAAUGGAUGUAUACAUUUUUGAGAGAAUAGCUGAAUAAUUAUAUAAUGCAAAAAGCUAUGUAAAGUUUUUUUACAUAAAAUAUUAUGUAUAAUACUGUUGUAUUCCAUGCUUUAAUCAGGUGAUAAAUAAAAUGUAAAAAAAAAACCAAA